ACAGCUGUCCUGUUUUGGCAGCCUGGGAGGCUAAGGUUUAGUCUGGGCUUUAUUCACACCCAAAACAACUAAAAAAGCGGAGGAGUCUUUGAGUCAAUCCCUGAAGCUCUGGCUAAGAGGAAACUCGCCCACGCUCCAGGGCAGCGACGCCGGCUCCACCUCAGCCACGGCUGUCUCAAGCUUCCCCGGGUUUUCCGCCGGCUCCACCCGAGCCACAAGUCUACAGGGCUCCUCGGAGCUUUCCGCCGGGACGCAGGACUGACCGCCAGCUGCCGGUACCUCCUCGACGACAGCGAAGCGCAUCCCGACUGCCGUCGGCCGGAAGCGCCCUCCAGACCCGCCCCCUGCCCUCCGGAGCCGGAAGCUUGGCAGCGGCAGCCGGCUCUGCGCCCUCCACGGUCUGCGCCGACAAUGGUCCGCGCGCCCCGCUGCUUCCUCAGGAUCGCCGUAGCGCCUGCCGCGGCCCUGGCUGCGGCGCUGCUCUCGUCGCUUGCGCGCUGCUCUUUUCUAGAGCCGAGGGACCCGGUGGACUCGUCGCUAAGCCCCUAUUUCGGCACCAAGACUCGCUACGAGGAUGUCAACCCCGGGCUGCUGUCGGGCCCCGAAGCUCCGUGGCGGGACCCUGAGCUGCUGGAGGGAACUUGCACCCCGGUGCAGCUGGUCGCCCUCAUUCGCCACGGCACCCGCUACCCCACGGCCAAACAGAUCCGCAAGCUGAGGCAGCUGCACGGGCUGCUGCAGGCCCGCGGGUCCAGGGAUGGCGGGGGCAGUAGUACCGGCAGCCGCGACCUGGGUGCAGCGCUGGCCGACUGGCCUUUGUGGUACGCUGACUGGAUGGACGGGCAGCUAGUAGAGAAGGGACGGCAGGAUAUGCGACAGCUGGCGCUGCGUCUGGCCUCGCUCUUCCCGGCCCUUUUCAGCCGUGAGAACUACGGCCGCCUGCGGCUCAUCACCAGUUCCAAGCACCGCUGCGUGGAUAGCGGCGCCGCCUUCCUGCAGGGGCUGUGGCAGCAUUACCACCCUGGCUUGCCGCCGCCCGACGUCGCAGAUAUGGAGUGUGGACCUCCAAGGGUUAAUGAUAAGCUAAUGAGAUUUUUUGAUCACUGUGAGAAGUUUUUAACUGAAGUGGAAAAAAAUGCUACAGCUCUUUAUCACGUGGAAGCCUUCAAAACUGGACCAGAAAUGCAGAACAUUUUAAAAAAAGUUGCAGCUACUUUGCAAGUGCCAGUAAAUGAUUUAAAUGCAGAUUUAAUUCAAGUAGCCUUUUUCACCUGUUCAUUUGACCUGGCAAUUAAAGGUGUUAAAUCUCCUUGGUGUGAUGUUUUUGACAUAGAUGAUGCAAAGGUAUUAGAGUAUUUAAAUGAUCUGAAACAAUAUUGGAAAAGAGGAUAUGGGUAUACUAUUAACAGUCGAUCCAGCUGCACCUUGUUUCAGGAUAUCUUUCAGCAUUUGGACAAAGCAGUUGAACAGAAACAAAGGUCUCAGCCAAUUUCUUCUCCAGUCAUCCUCCAGUUUGGUCAUGCCGAGACCCUUCUUCCACUGCUUUCUCUCAUGGGCUACUUCAAAGACAAGGAACCCCUUACAGCUUACAAUUAUAAGGAACAAAUGCAUCGGAAGUUCCGAAGCGGUCACAUUGUACCUUAUGCCUCGAACCUGAUAUUUGUGCUUUACCACUGUGAAAAUGCUAAGACUCCUAAAGAACAAUUCCGAGUGCAGAUGUUAUUAAAUGAAAAGGUGUUACCCUUGGCUUACUCACCAGAAACUGUUUCAUUUUAUGAAGAUCUGAAGAACCACUACAAGGACAUCCUUCAGAGUUGUCAAACCAGUGAAGAAUGUGAAUUAGCAAAGGCCAACAGUACAUCUGAUGAACUAUGAGUAACUGAAGAACAUUUUUAAUUCUUUAGGAAUCUGUAAGGAGUGAUUACAUGCUUGUAAUAGUUAGACAAUUCCUUGAUUACAGGAAGCUUUUAUAUUACUUGAGUAUUUCUGUCGUUUCACGGAAAAACAUUGGGUUUCUCUUUGGGUCUGGACAUGAGAUGUUAGAAAAGAUUUUUCACUGGAGCGGCUCUCUUAAAGGGAAACAAAUCUAUUCAGAGAAACAGCUGGCCCUGCAAAUGUUUACAGAAAUGAAAUUCUUCCUAUUUAUAUAAGAAAUCUCACACUGAGAUAGAAUUAUGAUUUCAUAAUGAUACUUGAAAAGUGCUGGAGUAACAAAAUAUCUCAGCUGGACCAUUCUUAACUUGAUUGAACUGUCUAGGAACUUUACAGAUUGUUCUGCAGUUCUCUCUUUUCCUCAGGUGGGACAGCUCUAGCGUUUUCUUAAUCAGGAAUAUUGUGGUAAGUUGGGAGUAUCACUUUGGAAGAAAGUAACAUCUCUAGAUGAGAAUUUGAAACAAGAAACAGAGUGUUGUAAAAGGACACCUUCACUGAAGCAAGUCAGAAAGUACAAUGAAAAUAAAUAUUUUUGGUAUUUGGUAUUUAUAAAAUAUUUGAACAUUUUUUCAAUAAUUCCUUUUUACUUCUAGGAAGUCUCACAAGACCAUCUUAAAUUAUUAUCUGUUUGGACAAUUAGCAACAAGUCAGAUAGUUAGAAUCAAAGUUUUUCAAAUCCAUUGCUUAGCUAACUUUUUCAUUCUGUCACUUGGCUUCUAUUUUUAUAUUUUCCUAUUAUAUGAAAUGUAUCUUUUAGUUGUUUGAUUUUUCUUUCUUUCUUUAUAAAUAGUUCUGAGUUCUGUCAAAUACCAUGAAAGUAUUUGCUAUAAUAAAAUUCUUGUGACUUUA